AUGCAGGUCAGCUACGUCGCGCUGAUCGUCCUCCGCUGCCUGCAGAGUUUGGGUAGCAGCUGCGCCAUUCCAUUUGGAUUCGCCGUUGCAGCAGAUAUCUCGUCUCCUGCUGAACGAGGCCGGUAUAUAGGUCCGCUGCAGGGGAGUGUCAUGGGUGCGUUUGCAUUUGGUCCGGUCAUUGGGGGUCUGUUGGAGCCGAGCCUGGGGUGGAGGAGCAUCUUUUGGUUUCUUGCUAUUGGCAGUGGUGCGGCGCUGCUAGCGUAUAUCGUGGUUAUUCCCGAGACUGCGCGGAAUAUUGUUGAGAAUGGUUCCAUGGAGCCGGAGGGCUGGUGGAGACAGCCUGUACUGCGGAAUCUGCAACGAUAUCUCCAACGCGGUUCUAUCAAGGGUGCAGACAUGCAACGAGACAGCUCAACAGGUCCUGAGAAGGGAGAGAUCAAUGUUGCCAAGAUACCCCGGGCCUCUACCAUCCUCGCCGAAAAGGACGCCCUGAUACUCGUCAUAUUCACCAGCCUGUUCUACUCUGGCGUGACUGCCAUGUGGGCAACCACCGGAAGUCAUUUUGGGGCUCUCUAUGGCCUCAGCACGCUAUCCGUUGGAUUUUCUUUUCUCCCAUACGGAAUCGCCGGAGGCAUCGACUCAAUCAUCAGCGGAAAACUCCUCGAUCUCAACUACCGCAGGAUCCAAAAUCGGCAACAGCUCCUCACCGAGAAGGACGACGGCCACCCUCAAUCCGCAUACUCUGACUUUCGCCUCCAAGUUGCUAUCCCCUUCGCGCUCCUCGCCUCCUUAUCACUACUCACCUACGGCUGA